GGCGAGAAAGGUACCGAAAGAUGUCUCGGGUGGCUCUGAAAUGUCCGAACUGCGGCUCUUCCAACGUCGUGGAGGAUGAUCUGUACGCACAAUCCCAGUCUGUGUGUGUGGACUGCGGCUCUGUGGUGUCCGAAGGGUUUCUGGCCAAUGACCCGGUCGGAGGUUCAGAGGUCUACUACAGCCACUCUGCACCGCAAUCCAAAAGGCCAUGUUCCAACCUGAUAAAAGGACUGCAGCGGGUCAGGGCCCUCUGCCGUGUCCUAAGAGUCAACAGUGAAAUUGAGAAAUUAUCACAGACCUAUUUUGAACAAGCAUAUAACCACAAAAGCUUCAUCAAUGUGAGCCUGACCAAGAAGGAGGCCCUGGCUGGCAGUUGUGUCCUCAUCAGCUGUAGGAUGCAUGAUUGGCCUGUUACUGUGGGGACCAUAGCUUACCUCAUCGACACUGAUUCAGGGGCUGUGGGAGCCGUUUAUCAAGAGACUCUGAACACUCUGAACAUCUGUAUUCCAACCUUGAGUGUCACUGAUGUUAUGGAAGCUCACUGUCAGGAAUAUAAAAUCACAUCUGAACAUGUCCCAGCUGAAUUGGCGGCUGAGGCAAAAGAGCUGACGAAAAGAGCCUUGGCGCUGGUGGAGCUGGCAGCUGACUCCUGGAUUGUGACUGGCCGAAGACCUGUCCCUAUCAUGAUAGCUGCAACAUAUUUGUCUUGGCAGUCUCUACAGCCCACAAAACUACGACUUAAAAUGACUCUGGAUAAAUUUUGUCAAAUGACCAAAGUGGAUAAGAACAGACCAGCAAUGAAAAGGGUAACUGAAAUCAAGGAAAUGCUGUGUAAACUAGGAAAUGAGAUCCCAUGGGAAAAACAAGAAAUUACUCCUAACAAUGUGAUACAGCAAGUGGAGGACAUUUUGAGUUAUAGAUUUGCCCUGAUGAGGAAGGCUUUGAAAAGUUAUGAGGACUCACUAAAGGCAGAUAUUCAGCAGUGUGAUGCAAAGAAUAAAAAAACUAUGAGGACCAAAACGGCAGAAUUAAAAACUUCUUCCAAGACUGGCUCAAGUGUUCUAGAAACUGAGCGAGCAAAUAAUGGUGCGUGUGAUGAACCAAACUGGGGUAAGCGAUUGCUGUUUGCUCCUCCCUGUGUGGUUAAUCCCAAGAAAAGGAAAAGAGCACCAAGCAACCAAAUAAACGUAACAGGGGAUGAAGAAAUAUCCGACAGUGAAAUUGAUUCAUACAUCAGAACUCAUCAGGAAGUUAGAGAGAUUGCAAUGACUCAAAAGCUUUUAUGCCAGGAGAGUGACAAUUUGUGAUGGUUUAAUUAUUGUCAUCAGCGUCUGCUAUUUCUAGGUUUCUGAAAAUUAAGAAAAAAGUUACAUUUUUUGUUGGCGCAGACAGAUUUGGCAAGAAUAAAUGUUUGUUCUUUUGUUUCCUCAUU